AUGAAUCAUCACGGAUUUAUCAUCAUUAAUCAGAAUCAUUCAAAUCACUCACAUCAUCAGAAUCAUUCUUCACAUCAGAAUCAUCACCUCUUCUCACAUCAGAAUCAUUCCGAAUCAUUCACAUCAUCAGAAUCAUCACCACGAAUCAUUCCGAAUCAUCAUCAUCAGAAUCAUUCCGAAUCAUCACUCUUCACAUCAGAAUCAUUCCGAAUCAUCAGAAUCAUUCCGAAUCAUCACUCUUCACAUCAGAAUCAUUCCGAAUCAUCACUCUUCGUAUAUCAGAAUCAUUCCGAAUCAUCACUCUUCACAUCAGAAUCAUUCCGAAUCAUCACUCUUCACAUCAGAAUCAUUCCGAAUCAUCACGUCUUCGUAUCAGAAUCAUUCCGAAUCAUCACUCUUCACAUCAGAAUCAUUCCGAAUCAUCACUCUUCACAUCAGAAUCAUUCCGAAUCAUCACGUCUUCACAUCAGAAUCAUUCCGAAUCAUCACGUCUUCACAUCAGAAUCAUUCCGAAUCAUCACUCUUCACAUCAGAAUCAUUCCGAAUCAUCACUCUUCACAUCAGAAUCAUUCCGAAUCAUCACGUCUUCGUAUCAGAAUCGUCACGUCUUCACAUCAGAAUCGUCAUGUGCUGUUAGCAGAAUCAUUCAUCUAUUGUCAUCAGAUUCAUAAUGUAUUAUAUCAGUGGUUAGGUUAG